CGUAUGUUCGAUGAAGAUGGCAGAGGUAUGUGUCCUUUUUGCUGCAAUUUGAACUAUUGUAUUUGUUGUAUUUUGACAUUCGUAUUGCCAUCAAAAUAUGUCUCACGUCUUACAUAAAAACUAUAAUAAAAAAAUAAAUAAUAAUUAAUUUUUUUUAUAGUUGAAAAAUGAAAUACUCUUCAUUUUGUUUUCCGCUAGUUAGAAAUAUGUGUGUAGUGGCGAAAUCGACGCAGCCUCCCAUAUCAAUUUUCGGUAUUGAAGGACGCUAUGUUGGUGCGCUAUACAGUGCCGCAUUACAGAUGAAACAAAUGGAGCAAGUAGAAAAACAUUUGAAAGCCUUACAAAAAGAACUGGUGAAGCCAAAGAUAAUAGAUUUUAUAGAAUCCAGUAUGAUAUCUGCAGCUGACAAAGCGAAGUUACUGAAAGGUGUUGGUGAAGAAGCAGGUAUGCCGCCUGCAGCUAUUAAUUUCUUAGUUAUCGUCGCCGAGAAUGGGCGUUUGAAAUUGCUGAGACGAAUGAUAACUUUAUUUUCUACGGUCAUGGUGGCACAUCGCAAUGAAGCGCUAUGUGAAGUGAUUACUGCUAAGCCCCUAGACGAUUCAACACGCAAAACUCUGAUGGAAGCUUUGAAGAAAUUUGUCAAGGGCAAGAAUAUUACACUAACGGAAAAAGUUGAUUCUUCAAUUGUUGGCGGCUUAAUAGUCGGUAUAGAAGACAAACACAUUGACAUGAGCAUCUCAAGAAAGGUGCAAAUGUAUACAGAUAUUUUAAAACAGUCUGUUUAA